AGUCGCUCUGCUAACUCCGACGGGUCGGUGGCUCCUCUCAUCAGGAACUUUUUUGCUGCGCUUGACCGACAUUACUACAUGUACCCAAGUGAACAUUGAACAAAGAGCGUGUUCGGGGUUGUUGUGAUUAUCCCAAUUCCAGUUCCUUGUGAUCCAUUCGGCUGUCGGUCAGAAUGCCUGACGAACUGGAGGAACGGCUGAAGAGCCACGCACGUGCCUUUGACAGUCUGUUGUCGCUCAUCCCAGCAAACCUCUAUUAUGGCGGGGAUGUCAGCGAUCAAUGGCAGCGGAAAAAACAGACUCCCGAGCAGAAGCGGGCGGCGAAAAUGGCCAAACUCGACCCGGACAAUUGGAAAAGCGCAAAAGACUUGAUGGACGAGAGGGCCGCCGCUGCAGCACUGAAGCGGAAACGAGAUGACAAUGAGGACGCAGAGAGUGUCGAGUCAGCCGACGAUGAUAUGUCUGGUCUGGAACAACCCAAGGCUAUACAAGAUGCUCAGGCUGGUGCAUCGAAGAAAAGAAAGACAGAAGGUCACAACGCACCCCAGUCUGAAAAGGUCAAAGACGCAACAGAGUUAAAGCCCACCGGCGAGACAGAGGAAGACAGCCGACGUCGAAAAGCAGAGUUAAAGGCCGCCAGACGCGAACGAAAGAAGGAAAGAAAAGCAAAGGCCAAGGAGAAGCUGGAAAGACAAAAGGCUAGAAAGAUGGAGGGCAAACAGCAGGUGAAUGGCAUUGAAACUACGACAACAAGCCAAAAGAAGGCACCCAAGGAAGAACUGCAACUAAAGGAGCCGAUCACCUUGGACGAACCGACCCCGGCGUCGACUGACAAACCGGCCGAUGCCGUCGAAGAAACAAGCCAGGAAGAAGACGAAGUGUCUGUUGCAUCAUCAGACGCAGACCAUCCCGAAGUAUUUUCACCACAGCACGAGUCUGGCACUUCAUCCAUUUCUUCCAUCCAGGGCCCGGCCCCCGAAGCGACCGUUAAGCCCCAAUCAAAAGUCGAACCAAAACGGAAACCCCAAACUCAAGCCGAACCCGAAACCCAACAACAAUCCUCCAACCGGCAGCAGCAGCAGCCCACCUCGACUCAAACAAACACCAACACAGCCCAAACGCCCCGAGAACGACUUCAAGCAGCAAUAUCGCAACUGCGCGCGGAGCGCAAAGCCGACGGCCCGGACGGACGGGCGCCGAAGAACCGCCAAGAGCUCCUCGAACAGCGACGCCGCAAGGAAGAAGAGCGCAAAGCAGCCAAGAAGGAACAGAAGCGACGGGAGAAGGAAGAAGAAGCUCGACGACAAGACGAGGAGAUAGCACGGCGUUUCUCCCCCGGCGGGUCCGGGUCACUUCUUGCGUCGCCGCGCUCGCCGCCCACUAGCAAUGCAUCUGAAAACUUCAACUUCAGCUACGGCCGGAUCGCCUUUGAAGACGGCACGAAUUUGAAAUUGCUCGACCCGAACACGCCCGAGGUGGUUGAAGAGCACAAGAAAAAGGGUCCACGGGACCCAGCGUCAGCGCUCAAGGUUGCCCUGGCGAAAAAAGAACGGCUGGCCACGCUGGAUGAGCAGAAACGCGCCGAAAUCGAGCAGAAGGACAUGUGGCUGAAUGCCAAGAAGCGCGCUCACGGCGAACAUGUCAAGGACGACACAAGUCUUCUCAAAAAGGCCCUCAAGAGACAACAGGGUCAAAAGAGAAAGAGUGAACGUGAGUGGAACGAGCGGCUGGAAGGCGUCCAGAAGGCCCAGGAGGCCAGACAGAAGAAACGCACCGAAAACCUGGCCAAGAGAAAAGAAGAGAAAGGAGCGAAAUCCGCCGGUCCCCACAAGAAGAAGGAGAAGAAAGUCAAGAGGCCUGGUUUUGAAGGCAGUUUCAAAGGUCGCACUGGUGGGAAGAAGAAGUAGUCAUAAUGAUGAACAACCAUGAACAGCAGCAGUGGUGAAAUUUCUCCCUCCCCUUUAGGCAAGUAUUCGGUACUGUCUGGAAAGCGAGUCCCCGACGUGGUGAUUGAAAGGAGGCAAGGCAACACAACGCAUCGCGUACCUACUAGCUUCAUUCUAGGGCGUGACACUCUUUGCCGUCGAAGAGAUGAAAUGGUGGUUUUUGCUAGUGCUGCAGAAAACGCCUCACAUCUGCUUUUGCUAGCUGUCCUAUCCAAUCUUCAGCGUCAACUUCAUGAUGAACCAACCCGGCAGCCUGAUAGUGUUAAAUAUAAAAGCUUCAGUUCGUCAAACAUCAUGAUCUAAGCUUAGUCUUUCGUCUUUCUUCACGGAAUACUUGAAUACAGCCACCUAUGUACCC